AUGCAUUACAUUCUUGAGAAGAUUAGCGGUUCUAUUACGGAAUGGGACAAAACUCAUAACCUCAAACUCUAUAAAAGUACCAAUGGCAACCAGACUGAUCUCAGCUACACAUAUUACCCACAAUUCUGGUUACCUACCAAUCACAAACCUGCAUUUGACAAGACUUAUGUAGACAAAUUUGCCUUUAAAUUUAGGACACAACCUUUAACUGAUGACAACAGAACAGUGCUGUUAGUUGGCGGUGUUCAUUGGUUGGCUAGUCAGCAUUUAGAUCUCAUCAUCAAAGCUUUAAAGAGGGAAAAUUUAUCUCACAUUAAACUCAUCAUCAAAGGAUUGGGGUCCGGAUUCCAUCAGCAUGUAAAUGGUGUCCACUACUUACCAGAAGCAGACUUGCAGAAAGUUUUACUGAGAGAAGAGGAAUUAGAAAGACAUGGCAAAAAGCUGGGUUUUGAAUUCAUCAAAACAUUUAAAAUGACAAUGGCCAGAUUUAAAGAUUUUUUACAGGGGAAAUGUGCUUGCCAUUUUCAUAAGUUAGCAGAGAUGAAGAAUACCGGCCUCAGUAGACCGAUUUACCAUGUUGAAGGUGAAAUCAAUGCAGUCUACUCACAAAUGAUUAUCAACAGCAUAUGUAGGACAUGAAAAAGACAGGAUCGAGGACAAAUAUACACCUCUCAGUCUGUCUGUCUGUUGAUAUUGUCCAGGGUUCAGAUGCCAUCCACUAAAUAUUUACUAGAGACGAAAGAAACAUAGGUGUGAUUUCCUAGCUGCUAUACUCUACGUAUUAUGUUGUCAUUCAAGCUUACUAAAACAUGUACAUGUACACAUAAGAUAUGUCAUAUAAUAUGAAAUACUCAACCACAAAGGAAAGGCAUUUAAACAAUGUCCAUCUAUUGUUUGUGAGACGGGUUAUAUAUGAGGUACAUAUAUAUCUUGUGAAAGGGGUUAUAUAUGAGGUACAUGUUUGUAAGAGGGGUUAUAUAUGAGGCACAUGUAUUGUGUGUGAGAGGGGUUAUAUAUGAGGUACAUGUAUUGUUUGUGAGAGGGGUUAUAUAUGAGGUAUAUGUAUCGUUUGUGAGAGGGGUUAUAUAUCAGGUACAUGUAUUGUUUGUGAGAGGUUUACAUAUGAGGUACAUGUAUUGUUUGUGAUGAGAGGGGUUAUAUCCGAUGUAUAUGUAUUGUUUGUGAGAGGGUUUAUAUAUGAGGUACAUGUAUUGUUUGUGAGAGAGGUUAUAUAUGAGGUACAUGUUUUGUUUGAGAGAGGUGUUAUAUAUGAGGUACAUGUGUUUGAGAGGGUUUAUAUUUGAGGUACAUGUGUUGUGUGUGAGAGGGGUUAUAUAUGAGGUACAUGUAUAGUUUGUGAGAGGGGUUAUAUAUGAGGUACAUGUAUAGUUUGUGAGAGGGGUUAUAUAUGAGAUAUAUGUAUUGUUUGUGAGAGGUACAUGUACGGUGCAGCUUGAGAUUGCACACAAAUAUUGACUGGCACUGAUAAUGUAAUAAAACAUUUGAUAUUUUGUGUUGAUGACUGUUCGCUAAAGACAGAAAAUAUGGCUAGAUAUGUUGCUGUAAUUCUGUUUGCUGGUGAAGAGCUAGUCCAUAUGUGUUCAUUUGUUAAUGAGUAUCAUUAUAUUUCUGUAAGGUGCGUGUGUCCUGUAUUAAACAUACUAGAUACAUAUAUUACCGGGUUCACUAUGUAAUAGAUUAAUUACUGCUACAACAGGCAGUAUCUCUUUAUACAGGUGUUUGAAUAUUAACUACUCAUGUAUGCCUUGUAUGAACAUUUCAAAGAACAAAAUACUCUGUAUUUAAAUAUACAUUUGUUAUCAUUUAUGAAAGUUUAAUAAAAUGUUUUCAGAAAUUCA